UCCCUCCACUGUGAUCGCGUGAUUCUCCAGCCAAGCCAAAAAAAAAAAAAAAGAAAGAGAAAAAUCAAUCGCUAACUCGGAGCCCCGAAAAUCCGAAACACAAACCCUAAACGGACCCUCCCAUAUAGCCCAGAAGUAGUAGAAGAGGAUGUCAGGAGUAACCAAUCAAGAGGAAGACAAGAAGCCCGCUGAUCAAACGGCUCACAUCAAUCUCAAAGUCAAAAGCCAGGAUGGGAAUGAAGUGUUCUUUAGGAUUAAAAGAACUACUCAAUUGAAGAAGCUUAUGAAUGCAUACUGUGAUCGGCAAUCAGUGGAGUUCAACUCUAUUGCCUUCCUGUUUGAUGGCCGCCGUCUGCGAGGGGAGCAGACUCCAGAUGAGUUGGAAAUGGAGGAUGGGGAUGAGAUAGAUGCAAUGCUACAUCAAACGGGUGGUGCUAUGGUCUAACUAGCUGGUUUUCAGGUUACUUUAUGUAUGAUUCCAGUGGCAGUACUUGUGAAAUUAGGACCUAUUGUAUAUAACCUCUGAAACUAUGUGGUUUGCUUCAUGACUCUGUUUGUGGAUGUUGCUUCUAAAUAGUAUACAACUAUGGCUGUUUAUGGAAGCUUUUUAUAUGCUGGCAAA